AUGUCCACAGCCAUUCGUAGCAGCUUCGGAAUUCUCGGGUGGACUGCUGCUUUGCUCUUCCUGAUUCAAAUGCUUUUUGCGCUGGUGCUGAACCAGCUUCUCUAUGGGUUCUAUUUCUCGGAGGAACUGUUGAAGCGGGACAAUGAGGAGCUCAGGGACCGAUUUGAAUUGGAAUCUCGGACGACAAAUCAAGCACAUUGA